AUGGUAAAUAUCCAUGAUGAAUUUGUCAGUUCUCUUACUUCAGAGCAAGAGAUUGUUUAUAAGAAUGUUUUGGAUGUUGUUUUGUCUGAUAAUGGUGGAUUCUUUUUUCUAUAUGGUUUUGGAGGAACGGGAAAAACAUUUAUUUGGAAUACAUUAUCUGCUGCUCUGCGUUCAAGGGGCCUUAUCGUCUUAAAUGUCGCAUUUAGCGGAAUUGCAUCGCUAUUGUUACCUGGAGGUAGAACUGCUCAUUCAAGAUUUUCUAUUCCUAUUUCAAUAAAUGAGAUAUCAACCUGCAAUCUUCGUCACGGUUCCCCAAAAGCUGAAUUAUUGAAGAAAAAAAAAGCAAGCCUAAUUAUUUGGGAUGAGACACCUAUGUUAAACAAACAUUGCUUUGAAGCUUUAGACAGAUCUCUUAAUGACAUUAUAAAGACUCAGUCUACCCAUGGUUAUGACAUUCCAUUCGGAGGUAAAGUUGUGGUACUAGGAGGUGACUUUAGACAAAUACUUCCAGUUAUUUCCAAAGGAAGUCGUUCUGAAAUUGUCGGUUCAGCUAUCAAUUCUUCAUAUUUGUGGAAGCAUUGCAAGGUAAUGAAGUUGACUGUUAAUAUGAUAUUGCAAAAUGCUACAUCGACUUCUUCACCAGCAGAAAUAAAAGAAUUUGCAGAUUGGUUGCUUCAAGUGGGAGAUGGUACAGUUAAAACGAUUGAUGAGGAAGAAACACUUAUUGAGAUUCCUCCAGAUCUUCUUAUUGAACAGUGUAAGGAACCGUUGCUUGAAUUAGUUAAUUUUGCACAUCCGAAACUUGCGCAUAAUUUGCAAAAAAAUUCAUUCUUUCAAGAAAGAGCGAUCCUUGCGCCAACACUUGAAAGUGUAGAGGAAAUCAACAACUUUAUGUUAGCAAUGAUUCCUGGUGAUGAAACAGAAUAUUUGAGUUAUGAUACUCUGUGCAAGUCAGACGACGAUUCGGGUGUCAAUGCAGAAUGA